CAGGACUGGCGUGCUGCAGCUCAGCUCUCCAUGACCAUGGGUGGUAGUGCAAGUCACCACGCCGAAAGAGAGGCAGUAGACUUUUCAACGUCUCUGCUCUGGUUUCACCUGGGUAGGAGCCCGCCGGCAGUCCUCGCUAGUGGAGAGGUUGCCAAACUCGGCUCUUUUCCCGUCUAGCAUCUGCUUUUCCUUUACUCAGGACGAAGUGGACGGUGUGGAAACGGAUGGUGCAGCAGUCACCACACUAACUGCCGCACAGGACAGCGACCAACCAUCGGCUACACGUGUCAGCAGCAAGGAAUCUACUACUGCUGGUGAUAGGAAGGCUCCCUCUAGACCUACAUCUUUUCUUCUAGAGUCAAUCAAAGACACUAAUUUGACUAAAAAAGGUUUGGUGGAGGCUCUCCUUAAGCAUUACAAAGAGGACGUUAACGAGCUACGCCCCUAUGAUGAUAAGAGAGAGUUUGGCGACCUCGUCUUGCUUCAUCGCCUGGUCGUAGGUCCGUACACCCACCAGAUAGAUCUUCUGCUCUCCCUCAUCACAUUCAGUGGUGCUGAUAUUGACCGGAGGACCAGCUAUGGCCACACGGCCUUUCAACUAGCCGUUGUGUUGGGAAAUGUCAGAGUUGUUCAACUCCUGGCUGCAUUAGGAGCCGACGUCACUCUACCUCCGUACUACAAAUGUCCUCCUCCUACAAGAACCAACAAAUGCAUACGACCGCUCUUAGGUCGCCGCUAUUUGCCCACUGAUCUGGAGUAUAACGCCUCCUGCCGGGCCAGAGACAACUAUGGAGUGUGCAAUAACUUUGUGUCUGAUCCCACACCACUUUGUCCACCCAGAGCUAGUGUUACUGCCGAUAUGAAUUCACUUCUCAGAGAGGUAGGAGCAAGAGUCACUCAAACUGGACGUUGUUCUGUAGUCACAAUAAGGAAUCAGAGUACAACUCCACCUUGUGUGGAGUACGAAGGAGCUGCAUGUGGUUGUUCUUCUACAAAUAGUAGCAGUCCAUACCCACAAAUAACCAGGGAGAGAAAACCAACAUCCAGAGAACUCAGAAAAUCUACUACAGAGCUUAGCAAACCAUCUCAAACCAUGGAGCCCCAACAGCAUUUGCUUUUGCCUGCUGACCCACAAAACUCAGUCCCAGCAUACAAACCUCAAUCAUCUUCAGUAGUAUUGCGUAGGGAGCCGAUUGCAAGCGCGGCACCUCUCCUGUUUCAAAUCCCGUGUGAGGGCGGGUGUACAGGGGAAGAGUCAUUGGAGGUGGUGAGACAACUGAGGGAGGAGACUAGCGGGGGGAGACGGAGGAACGGAGCCCGUGUCUUGUGUCUGAGUGGAGGAGGACUAAGGGGCUUGGUGGAGCUGGAGAUGCUGAGACAGAUCCAGCAGGUUCUCCAGGAGAACAAUCAAACUAUCACCAGAUUCUUUGACUAUAUCGUAGCGACAUCCACUGGGGCGAUUAUAGCCCUUGCCAUGGUGUACGGAGGCAUGUCAGUCGGAGAUGUGCUGAAGCUGUACCUGACGAUAAAGAAUGAAGUAUUCACUCCCAAGAAAAGGUUUGAAAAGGGGAAUACAGCUAAACUGGAGGGAUAUCUCAAGUUCUGGCUGAAGGAUUACAGAAUGAGCGAUAAGUCACAUCCAAAGGUGUUGGUGUCAGCAGUACUGAGAGAGAGUACACCCGUGAAGCUACAUUGGUUCAAUAACUUUCUCACUGGAAGAAAGAGUAAAGAUUAUGUGUGGAAAGUGGCCCGCUACACCUCUGCAGCUCCGUUCUUUUUCUCGCCCAGAGACAACUACCUGGACGGAGGGCUCCUGGCCAAUAACCCCAGUCUCCACGCCCUCUCCACCAUCCAGGACCACCUGCGGAGUGAGGGGACUGGGACGGGGGUGUCACUGCUCGUUUCUGUGGGGGCCGGAUUGAACCCUCCAAAGGCCUACCAGGGAAUGGAGAUAUCAAACAUUUUGGAGUACAUCCUUAAACAUGGUCGAUUUCUUCAGUUCAUGGUCGAUGUGGCGGUCGAGGGACACGCUGAGGCAUGUGAGGAGACAUGUCGGAGUAUGUGCAGGGAGCAGGGAAUAGGGUAUGUGAGACUCAGUCCCUCGCUGGGGUCAGAGGUGGACUCUGGUGAGACCGACGACACGAAACUGCUGGACAUGAUGUUGACCACCAGGAAAUACAUGGUCAACUCUGGUCAUCAUCAAUUGAACAUUCUCAGAGAUUUCUUCUGAAUAAUUGUGAUACCAUAAUUCUGGUUGUUGUUCAGUGGCAUGAAAAAAAUAGGUGAAUGCGUGAAAAAAACCGAAUUAGUAAUUGUGUGGGAUUGGAUAAACUGUGCAAUGUUCAGGUCUUGUAUAUACUUCCAAGCAUGCUUAUGCAAUUGUUGGCCUCACGAGAUUAUAAUGUUUAACUUUCGAAAAGUAAACAAAGAAUCUCCAUCCAUGUAGUGAUGACCUAAUUUAUUUUGAGGUUCAAUAACACGUCUUGUGAUGUGUAGUUGGAUAUAAUUAUACACUCGAAGCACGAAAAGUUACAUAACAAAAAGGCACGCAAAACUAGUGGCA